CCUCCACUGUUAACGCUUUCUGAUGCUUAAUUUGAAACUUUGAGUCUUGGAGCUGCAAUCUGCUUCGUGACAAUGGAGUCAGAGGGGAAGCAUAAGGAGGAAGAAGGAGGAGGAGGAGAGAAAGCGAAGAAGGAAGAAGAGGGUGAGUACUGUAGUACGCCAACCGGUUCAGGGAAUCGAAUACCAGAAAUUAAGAAUUGCCCUCCUGCUCCAAGAAAGAGAAGACGAUCGCCAUCAUCAUCAUCAUCAUCUUCGACGUUGACGAGGAGAUCAUCAUUCACAGAUCACGAGUUGCACUUCUUCGAGGAAACCAGGCUUCAGGAGUUUUCCGUCACAACCAAGCUCCAGCCGAGCAUUCACGGUCUAAUGGCUCCAAAGCGUGCUGAGAAUAUCGUGGUCAGAUCCACCAGAAAAGUCGUCCAAGAAAGAACGGUUGAAGUUUCUGUUGUUAAAAGAUCAACGAGGGCAAACAAAGACACCGAAUUGGAAGGAGGAAACACUUCGACCAAAGACCAUGUUAGAACCAUUCCUGUCAAGAAGUGACUCCUGAACUCCUGAA